UUGGCGACAGCCCUGCAGGUCCACUCUGCUUCCAUCGACGAUUCGCCAUAACACCACCCGAAUCAAACCUCAUCGCAGCCUGCCGACAUUCCAUCUGCUCCAUUGCCGUCCGGCUUACUGAAUCCAACAGCAGAUACGAGGACCGAACAUCCACGAUACUUCAUCAUGGCUGACGGGAGCGGUAUCGACCGGAAGGCCGAUGAGAAGAUUCAGUUCUCCACCUCGAAAGAGGUCACGGUCCAUCCGACCUUCGAGUCGAUGUCUCUGAAAGAGAGCCUUCUUCGAGGUAUCUACGCGUAUGGAUACGAAUCACCGUCGGCGGUCCAGUCCCGCGCUAUCGUCCAAAUCUGCAAGGGCCGCGACACGAUCGCACAGGCACAGUCCGGUACCGGUAAAACCGCAACUUUCUCCAUCAGCAUGCUUCAAGUCAUCGAUACCGCGGUGCGCGAGACACAGGCGCUAGUUCUCUCACCAACCCGAGAACUUGCGACACAGAUCCAAAGCGUGGUCAUGGCCCUUGGCGACUACAUGAACGUGCAGUGCCAUGCCUGCAUCGGUGGCACCAACGUGGGAGAAGACAUUCGCAAGCUCGACUACGGCCAACACAUUGUCUCGGGCACGCCCGGCCGUGUCGCCGACAUGAUUCGGCGCCGCCACCUGCGCACUCGCCACAUCAAGAUGCUGGUUCUAGACGAGGCCGACGAGCUUCUUAACCAGGGUUUUCGGGAACAGAUCUAUGAUGUCUACCGGUACCUACCGCCCGCCACCCAGGUUGUCGUUGUCUCGGCGACUCUCCCUUACGACGUUCUCGACAUGACCACCAAGUUCAUGACCGACCCUGUGCGUAUCCUUGUCAAACGUGAUGAGCUCACGCUGGAAGGCCUGAAGCAGUACUUCAUUGCCGUGGAGAAGGAGGACUGGAAAUUCGACACGCUGUGCGACCUUUACGACACCCUGACCAUCACUCAAGCGGUCAUCUUCUGCAACACGCGACGCAAAGUCGACUGGCUUACCGACAAGAUGAGAGAGGCGAAUUUCACUGUCAGCAGUAUGCACGGUGACAUGCCACAAAAAGAACGCGAUAGCAUUAUGCAAGACUUCCGCCAGGGGAACAGCAGGGUUCUGAUCUCGACGGACGUAUGGGCUCGCGGCAUCGAUGUUCAGCAGGUCAGCCUGGUCAUCAACUAUGACCUGCCCAGCAAUCGUGAGAAUUACAUCCACCGCAUUGGUAGAUCUGGGAGAUUCGGUCGCAAGGGUGUCGCCAUCAAUUUCGUUACUAGCGAAGAUGUCCGCAUUCUCCGGGAUAUCGAAUGUAAGUUGUCUCUCCUUCUCAUUGGUGAUUAUAGCUAACAGUGUGCAGUGUACUACUCGACUCAGAUUGAU